UGAAAUCACGUGAUCAAAGCAUGGUUUUAUUUUUCUCGCUUGCUAACUCUUGUUUACAUUUUCAAAUUUUCCAAAAUCAUCAUGAUCCAUCAAUCAAUUGUUGAUUAUUCAUCGGAUUCAGAUGUUUGUAUGAACGAUGAUGAUUAUGAUAAUGACAUUAGGGUUGACAAUCAACAAUUGAAUCAAGUUUCGUCGGACGAAUUGAUCAUCAAAAAAAUUAUCAAUCGAUUAUUGUUCAAAGUGGAAAAACGUUACCUUCAUCAAUUUGUAAAUUCAUUUCGAUCACAUCGUGAACAACCAUUUCAUUAUGAUACAGAUGACACUGAUGAUGAUCAUCUAUCACCAUGGUCUCCUGAUGAUAAUGAAUCGGAUAUAAAUGUCGAUGAUGAAUCAGAUUCCGAAACAAUGACUGCUUGUAAAACAGAGGGCGAAUUAACAUUUGAUGAACUGCCUAAAAUUGAACGUUUAAAUAUUCAUUCACCUGUCGAACAAUUAACACAAAUUGGUACGAUAAAUUCAUUUGUUAAUCAAUUGGUCAUCGUUCAAUCAUUCACAACUGUUCAUGUAUUGGAUCUUGAUUCAACUUUAUUUCUUAAAGAUGGAUCUCCAUUAGGACAAAUAUUCGAUGUAAUCGGACCAGUACGACAACCAAAUUAUGUUGUUCGUUUUAAUUCAUCCAAAGAAAUUCGUGAUAUGAAUCUUUCCAUUAAUAUGGCCGUUUAUUAUAAUGGAUGUUUUCCCGAACCAUAUACUAAAUAUGUUUUUGUUAAUCAUUUGAUUCGUCAAAAAGGAUGUGAUGCAUCAUGGAAAGAUAAUAAUGAACCACCACCUGAACAUCAAGAUUAUUCGGAUGAUGAACAAGAACGACAAGCACGAUGGAAAUUUCAGGCUAAAUCAAGAUUAAAUCCAACGAAAUAUGAAUAAAGAAUAUAUAUUUUCUUUUUAAUAAUUAUAAAUCAUUUGAUUAAAUAAUUA